AUGUCACGAAACAUGCUGGAUCAUGACUUCGGUUCAGACGAAGAAGACGAUGACUUCAACCCCGCUCCCGCAUAUGAUUCAGAUAAUGAAGAUGCCAGGCCGACGCAUCAAGACCGGGACGAUGAUGACGAUGAAGAAGAUGUAAAGCCUUCACGACGAGCGGAACGUCGAGUCGGUAGCGAGGAGGCAGACGAUAACGAAGAUGCCGAUGGCCACGACGACGAGGAAGAAGACGAGAACGAUGAUGAUGACGAGGAGGAGGAAGAUGAAGAUGAAGAGGGUGCCGUGUCUCGACCAAAAAAGCGCAGAAGAAAGGGAGGCGUGGCCCAUUUCUUCGAGGAAGAGGCUGGCGUCGAUGAAGAUGAAGAUGAGGCCGAGGACGAAGAGGAUGAAAUGGCCGAGCUUGGUGGGGAAAUGCAUCCAGAUGAUAUGGAUGCGCUCCCAGUCGGCGCUGAGACUGACGAUCGUCGCCACCGACAGCUUGAUCGCCAGCGCGAGCUUGAGGCCAGCAUGGAUGCCGAGAAGCAGGCGCAGUUGCUCAAAGAACGUUACGGACGAAACCGCGCUGCAGCUUCCGAUGCAGUCGUCGUACCAAAGCGGCUACUACUUCCUAGUGUCGAGGAUCCUAGCAUCUGGGGUGUCCGUUGUAAGCCCGGCAAAGAACGGGAGGUUAUUUUCGCCAUCCAGAAACGUAUAGAAGAGCGACCCAUGGGCUCUCGCAACCCUAUGAAGAUCAUAUCUGCCUUUGAACGUGGAGGAGCUAUGAGUGGGUACAUCUAUGUUGAAGCACGCAGGCAAGCGGACGUCAUGGAUGCACUGCAAGAUAUGUCCAACGUCUACCCACGGACGAAGAUGAUUCUAGUUCCUGUGCGAGAAAUGCCGGACCUUCUGCGGGUUCAAAAAUCCGAAGAACUCUUGCCCGGUGGCUGGGUCCGCAUUAAACGUGGCAAAUACCAAAACGAUCUGGCCCAGAUUGAAGAAGUUGAAACCAACGGUCUCGCUGUGACUGUUCGCUUGGUUCCUCGCCUGGAUUAUGGCAUGAACGAGGACAUCGGUGCGCCUUUUAUGGAUCCCAAGAGGAAGCGUCCUGGCAUGAAUCCCGCGGUGGCCCGGCCACCUCAACGUCUGUUCAGUGAAGCUGAAGCUAAAAAGAAACAUGGAAAGUACCUUUCUGCCACAUCUGGUCUGGGUGGAAAAUCUUGGAGCUACCUAGGAGAGACUUACGUCGACGGUUUCUUAAUCAAGGACAUGAAGGUACAACAUUUGAUCACCAAGAAUGUGAGCCCGCGGCUUGAGGAGGUUACUAUGUUUGCCCGAGGCUCAGAGGACGGCACUGCCAAUCUAGAUCUUGCGUCCCUCGCGGAAACACUCAAGAACUCCACAGCUGAAGACUCUUACCUCCCAGGAGAUCCAGUUGAAGUGUUCCGUGGUGAACAACAGGGCUUGAUCGGUCGAACUACUUCUACUCGCGGUGAUAUCGUUACUCUACAAGUUACCGAAGGUGACCUUGCGGGACAACACAUUGAUGCCCCUGUUAAAUCUCUCCGUAAACGUUUCAGGGAGGGUGAUCAUGUCAAGGUCAUCGGUGGUAGCAGAUAUCAAGAUGAGCUGGGUAUGGUGGUCCAAGUCAAGGACGACACCGUGACAUUACUUAGCGAUAUGAGCAUGCAAGAGAUCACUGUGUUCAGCAAGGAUCUUCGGCUGUCCGCCGAGACAGGUGUUGACGGAAAGCUUGGAAUGUUCGACGUACAUGAUCUUGUGCAGCUAGACGCCGCUACUGUUGCUUGUAUUGUCAAGGUUGAUCGAGAAUCUUUGCGGGUUUUGGAUCAAAAUGGUUCGAUUCGCACUAUUCUGCCUACUCAGGUAACAAACAAGAUCACACCGCGUCGGGAUGCGGUAGCUACGGACCGGAACGGUGCAGAGAUUCGACAUGGAGAUACCGUUCGCGAAGUGUACGGUGAGCAAAGGAAUGGCGUGAUCCUUCACAUUCACCGUUCAUUUCUGUUCUUGCAUAACAAAGCUCAGGCUGAGAACUCCGGUAUUACUGUCGUGCGUACGACCAACGUUGUAACAGUAUCAGCCAAGGGAGGCCGGUCUACGGGCCCUGAUCUUACUAAGAUGAACCCGGCUCUGAUGAGUCGUGGUGGACCCAGCGGUAUGAUGGGCCCCCCGAAGAGCUUCGGUCGCGACAGGAUGAUUGGAAAGACAGUCAUGGUCCGAAAGGGGCCCUUCAAAGGUCUUGUGGGUAUUGUCAAAGAUGCGGGAGACGUGCAGGCACGUGUGGAGCUCCAUUCCAAGAACAAGCUAGUGUCGAUUCCCAAGGAGCUCCUCGUGGUCAAGGACCCUGUAACGGGCCAAACAAUCGAAAUGGGCCGCGGCAGAGGAGGACCACGCGUCCCUUCAGCAGCUCCACCAUCGGGCUGGCAGGGUGGUCGGACACCGAUGGCAGCUGCAGAUUCAUCCAGGACCCCCGCCUGGGGCGGUGCAUCUUCCGCGAGAACACCUGCUUGGGCUGGUAUGGGCGGUUCUCGCACACCAGCAUGGAAGAACGAUGGAUCCCGUACAUCGAAUCCCUACGAUGGAAGUCGCACCGCAUAUGGCGGAUUCGGCUCACGCACCCCGGCCUGGAACGCUGGCGCCCGAACUCCCUACGGCGGCUCCGGCUCCGGACAGAGUGACUUCGACGCCUUCGCAGCAGGCUCUAGAACCCCAGCCUGGAACGCAAACUCCGGCAGUCGCACCCCAGCCUGGUCAGGAGCUACGGCAAGCAACGGCAGCAAAGACUCCCGUGGCUACGACGCCCCCACUCCAGGCGGAGCCUAUUCUGCACCCACUCCAGGCGCAUAUGCCAGCGCUCCAACCCCCGGUGUCUCUGCGCCCACGCCUGGAGCCUGGGCCGAUAGUGCCCCGACGCCGGGAGCAUUCAACGCCCCUACCCCCGGCGGCCCGUCCAAGAAGCCGUACGACGCGCCUACACCCGCUGCCUGGGACAGUCGUCCAUAUGACGCCCCUACGCCAGCGAUGGGUGGAGACGGCGACGAUGCAGGACCACGGUACGAAGACGGAACGCCUAGUCCGUAA